UUUCAGGACCAGCCACUUCACAGCCACUCAAGGAGAGAUCAGCCCUGUGGCCAUGGGACAGAAACUGAUGGGACCCAGUCUGCCAUCUGAAGCUGCCUGCGGGGAUGCGAUGGUUGCUAUGGGCCGGGACGAGUCCAUUCUUAUUCUCAUCAAACACUGUCGGGACAUGAAGCAACAGGAGUCGUGCCUUAGACUCAUCACUCUGCUCCUGCUGCUCAGCUGUACAACACUGUUCGUUUUUAUCAAGGCCGCUGAUUUAAAGCAGUGUGGAAACUCUGGAUCUAUCAAACAGAGGAUCACAGAAGAGCAACAUCUAGCCUACUCCCAGCAGGAGAGACUGUGUCCUGCAGUUAAUCCUCAAAAUAACUCCCAGCGGCCACACAUUCACCUCCAUUCUUUGGCUACAGACAACAGGACCGAUGGACAGUACAUCAAAUGGGAAAGCAUGUUUGGGAAAGAAUACAACGAGGAAAAACAGGCCAUUGUGAUUCCACAGACAGGCGUCUACUUUAUCUACGUGACAAUUACCCUGCUCUGCGAUGAGGAGACUGCCACUACAGCUGAAGACUUCAACAAGUUGUUAGUGCAGCUGCGCCGCUGGAAUGAAGGUUACGACAAGAUUGUGUCCAUGAUGGAUGCCUGGAACGGGGUAACAUGCACUUCAAAGGUGCCCAGGAGUGUGUUUGUGGGGCAGCUGUUUGAUUUGUUGGCGGGAGAUCAUGUGAGCGUGUGGAUCGAAUUUGGCUAUAAGCUGGUCUUGAAAUCGUCAUUUGGUGCUUAUCUUGCAUAGAGAAUAUGCCCUGAUGAGAAUAUGCUUUUUUUGUGCAUCUUCAUUGAUUUGGUGUCAGUAAUGUAUGUUUAAAGUAUUUUUUUUUUUUUUUUAAU